AACCUCCAAAGUUCUGACGAAUCCUCCACAAGAUUUUGGCGUUUUGCAUAUUUGAUAAAUUUUGUUCAACAACACAGUUUUCUGUCCAGGUUUUUUAGCUUUUUGUAGCCUCUUCACACAUACCUAAAUUCUUAUUGAAUCCAUAAAUCUACCCUUAUCGUGUUGCCAGUCAAUUUAUUUCAGGGUACGAAUGGUGCGUUAGAUUCCUCUGUCAGUUGGUGCAGAUUGGAGUCAUGGGCGUUCAAAAAAGAAGGAGGCGGCCUCGCCAAAAGAGGAAAUUUGAGGAUGCUGAUGAUGAUGUGCCAUCUGAAAAAAAGUAUGAUCAGUUCACUGCAUCUCUCCGCAAUUUGGAUGGGAAGAAAAAGCUGCAGGCACCAACUAGAGUUGAACCUAGUUUUCAAGUGUCGGAGUUUCAUCUCGGGAAACAACGCGAUGGCAGCUCAAAAGCCAAGGACACAGUGAAUGUUCAAGAUCUAGCCCAACUGUUGGCCAAGAAGCCCCAUUUAGCAUCUAUUCAUCAACAGUUCCGGGAGACACAAAAGAAAUCUCAAAAACUCCCCAAACCAUUAGAACGGACCGUCGAAAAAAAGCUCAAACGUAAAGUAGGUUUCACACACCUGAAAAAAGACUUGGACAAGUGGCAGUCUGUUGUUGAAACAAAUAGAGUUGCUGACCAAAUGAAAUUCCCGCUGAAUAAAGAAGAAAUAGAAAUUUAUGAUGACUGUGAUAUUUUGUCAACUUUUUCGAAACCCACUCCACUUGAGGAAGCAAUGGCUGCAGUUCUCAAGAAAAGUGAAGUUGCCCAAAAAGAAAAUAGGAAACAUGAAGAAAAACAAAAGAAGUACAAUUUGACGCUGAAAGAAAUGAUUGAAAGAAGGAAGAUGAUCGCCAAAGCAAGAGCUCAACAGUCCUUUUUAGCCGUAAAAGCAAAAUACCAGAAGAAAAUCAAAAGUAAAAAAUACCAUAGAAUUCUGCGCAAAGAUAAAGUGAAACAGCAAAUAAAGGAUUUUGAAAAACUGAAAGAAGAUGAUCCAGAAGCAGCUUUGGAACAAAUGAACCAAAUUGAAAGAGUGAGAGCUGCAGAACGAGCAACUUUGAGACACAGAAACACAGGUCGUUGGGCUAAAAAUAUGGCGAUUCGAGCUAAAUAUGACAAAGAGAGUCGACAAGUACUAGCUGACCAAAUCGAACAAAGCCGUUCGCUAACACAGAAAAUGCAGACUAAUUCUAGCGAUGAAAGUGACGGCGAAGAACUUGAGCUUGAGGAUGCAGCAGAUAAUCCAUGGAUUGAUAAGGAUGAAAAGGAUGCAACAAACGAGGCAGACAAAUUUUUCAGUGGCUAUCGUAAGUAUUGGACGGACAAAAAUAAAGAUGUAACUGAAAUUGACAUCAAUGUAAGCGCGGAUCAAGAUAAACGGAGAAACCAAGAAAUGACGUUAGAUGCCAGCAACAAGGAAACAGGUGACAGCUCUGGAAAGGACAAAAGCCCAAAAGCAAAGAAGAAGAAGUCAAAUACAUGGGUUGUCAAACCCUCCAUCAACAAGGAGGUUGAAGUCAAAGAGUCUGACAAAGAUUCUAGUCCCACAGUUGCAAAAAGUCCUGCCAAAAAUAAAAGCUUCAAAGCCAAUUUAGCAGACUUUGAUAAUGCUAAGCCUACUAGUGAGUCUGCAGCAAAAAAAGCGGAUGUAAACAUCGACCCUCUGAACAUCAUCAAAGUGAAUCCAAAGGCAAUUAAGUCAGGCUUUGCCCGCGAUUUCUCAGCUUGUAACAUCAUUGAUGAUGAUGAGGAUGCUGAGAUCACUGAAGAUCCACAUUUAACGAUUGCUGAAGCGUUUGCGGAUGAUGAUGUUAUUGGGGAAUUCAGAGCGGAGAAAGAAGAGGAGAAUAAGAAAUCCGAAAUCCCUGAAGUGGAAGUUGGCAUGCCUGGAUGGGGUUAUUGGGCUGGUCACAAAAUGCAACCCAGCCAAAACCCUCGCAAAAGACGUCGUAGGAUUAUAAACUUGCCAAAACCGCCACCUCGGCUGGAUCAGAACAAAGGACGUGCAAUUAUUUUUGAAGAAGAAUCUCAAUCUGCGCAGGCUCAUCAGAUUGAUGCAAUUCCAUUCCCAUUCAAAUCAGUAGAAGAUUACGAAAAAAGUGUUCGGCAGCCAGUGGGGAAAGUGUUCGUACCCACAACCGCCAGUAGAAAGUUAACUGCUCCACCUGUUGUAACCAAAUUAGGAACUGUAAUAGAACCCAUGGAUUCAUCUCAGUUAUUGAAAACUGAUAUUUUAAAGUUAAAUAAAUGAACGUUUUAUUUUGAA